UGCAAUUAAUAGCUUCCGGGUCAAAUCGAAAGCAAGAUGGCUGCGGAAGGGGGAACACGAGAAGGGAACUCGGGUUUUACCCGACGUCAUUUCGAAUACGUUCACUCUACGAGACGACCAGAUCGCAAAACGAUGACAGGAAAAAAGCCCAUACCAGAACCAACACAUGUUGGUCACUUCGCGGUGAUGCUUGUCAUGAAAAUUUGCCGUUCCGUGCUGCUGAUCGACACGUCUGUAAAAAUUGGUGUCUAUCUCAUCGGGGUAAUGGUUGGAUCUGUCUUGUGCGAUUUGUUUGCAUUCCCAAGAUCCUUCUUUUCUAACAAAAGAAACUUCUUCAAUGUCUUUUUCGUCAAAAUGGGAUGGGGAUGGACCUUCACGCUUCUACUUCUACUCAUUUUCCUGACGAGUUCUGUGUACUGUUUUGGACGGUGGAAUGAAGUGAGACGGCACAUGAUGCGGCUUGCUGUUGGAACAUUCUGGUGGUAUUUAUGCACAAAAUCGUUUGAAUUUAUUGACAGCACUGUCGGCCAAUGCACCAAGCUAGGAAUAAACAGUAAAAUAGAAUGUGUCCGAUCAGGAAGAGAAUGGAUUGGGUUAGAUAUAUCUGGACAUGUUUUUCUUUUGAUACACUGUUUAUUGACCAUAUCUGAAGAAGUCAAGGUGUUCAAGGACUGGAAGAAGAUUGGAGAAAUGUUGUAUGAUGAUGAAUUGAAGGAGAAAAGGAAAGUAACAGAGGGAGAUAUAUCACAAGGGAGACUUUCACUAAAAACUCUCACCCCAUUUAUUAAAGCAACCGUUGCUGCUCUUGCCUUUAUUGUUAUAUUGUGGGAAUUUAUGUUGUUAGUGAGUGUUAUUUAUAGAUUCCACACACUUCCUCAGAAGAUUGCUGCUGCGUUCAUUGCGGUUUUAUGUUGGUUUGUGAGCUACAGAAUUUUGUUCAGAAGUAAAAUUCCUUGGCUACCACCUCAACCAGGAGAUUCGUCACUGAGUUAUAUGAAACUUGCAUAGUGUGAAACAGGAUGAAUUGUUUCGGGGAUACAUUACAUAUUAAUUAUUCCAUCUUGGUACUGUCAACUCUACCAUAUUUAUAACUAUGUACAAAUGUAAUAUGUCACUGCAGAAGAUCUGUUUUGGUAUGAGUUUCUUUUGUCUUAAACAUGUUAGUUGUGUACAUGACCAUCUGCUGCACAAAAUGAUCAUGUUGAUCGUUAUAUUAAUAACUGACGUGUAUGUGAAUUACACUCAUUAAACCGAUAAUCGUGUUUCUUGUGACCUUGUCUGUUGCCUCAAAUUGCCAUUGUUAUUCCGCGGGCAUCUUUUUGCAAGUUGCUUUGUAAUCAUGAUUAAAGAAAUUGUAAGCAUCCGUUGUGACCUGCAGUGCUUGAACUCUUGUGUACCUAGAGCCAUUGUCAAACUGAUGAAUUAUUCAUGGAAUGUUAAUGUGGUCUAUUGACUUGUUGUGCAUACACCUUUUGAAAUCUUAAAUACAUGUAUGUCAGAAGUUGAUUUCGCUAGUGCAUUUUACAUGAAGUGCAAUAUUCAUGAAUUGCUGAGACAUGUUAUAGUUUCUUUUCACCAUGUUCCGCAUAUUCAUGAUUUUUAUUUAUUUAAAUAUGAAUUUUUUUAUAUAUGCUUUUUUUCUAAGUUUAAUUUAAGCUGAUUUAUUAGGUAGUAGAUAUAUCAUAAUGAACCGAGCACCAUCUGUAUCUUAGUUUACAUCAAUUUCAGUCAUAGUAAUUAUUGGUAUCAUUGAAUCAAUAUGAACAACAACAAAGAUAUGUAGUAUUUAAAGUUAUUAAAGACUUUUACAUCUUAAUCAUUGCAACCCAAAUCUUUUUCAUUUAGAGGCACUGUGGGUAUUUUCAUGUUGAAGACUUUGUAUAACAUGGUAUAAGGUGAGCCAAGCAGGUGUAGAUACUCACUACCAAUAGGUGUUUACUUUGGAUACUAGUUUAAACAUACCAGCCCACUCCGUUAAUGAGGGUGUGUCGAGGUAGACAGUGACUCAUGUACUAGGUGUACAUGGCAGAACUCAAUCAGGCUCACAUGGUUAGGCUUAUGUAGCAUGAUUGUAUGGUAGUGGUACACGCAAACUUUGCAAACCGAAUUACCGUAUUUGACGUAAUAAGCGCUCUCAAAAUUAGAAAUAGGGGGGCUCUCAUUAGAAUAUUAUUUUGGUGAAAAUAACAGAGUUGAAAGAUAAAUUUCGUGGUUUAUGCUGACAGUGACAGCCUUUGACAUGAUUAAGGGUGCAAAUAACACUUAUAUUUUAUUAGUAUUAUACAUGAAUAAAGUCUUGUGUACAGUGAUCAAUCGGAAGGGGUGCUAAUUGGUAUUGUUCACUAGCCAAUAUAUUAGCAAAUAUCGCAGUGAGCGCUUAUUAGAGCGGGGCGCUUAUUACGUCGAAUAUGGUAAUGUGAUUACUGUUAUGUUGAGUUUAUUUCUUAGAUGGAAAGAAUUAAGCCCAAAUUCCAUCCUUGAUGGUUCGACCCAACUUUCAUUUUAUGGUCUGAUGUGUUCAUUAUAUGUGGUACCAAUGCAUUAAAAAAGUUUUUGAUUGUUCACUGUAAUCUUGGUAAUGAGUGACUGAAUGAUAAGGCCAAAAGAAUUGUGUUUUUCCUAUUACAGUCAAUCCAAAAAUAGGACACGUAGGUUGGGUUUUGAUUGUAUUUUCUUUUUUUUUGAAAAACAGUAAUUUGCAGAUGUGUGGUAUGCCUGCUUAUAAAUGAGGAUAAUGACUGGUUUAUGGUGAGGCGUAGUCUGUCAUACAGACCCUGAAACAAAUAUAUCCAAUACAGCCCAUGCAAGUCUAUAAUGUUUGGCAAGUCUAGAUUACUACAGUAUCAGGAUCUGAAAAUGAAAGUCUCUGGGCUCCUUUUUAUUAUAUUUUAUAACUAUAAUUUAACAACUGUUUUUUCUGUAACAAGUACCAUCAUUUAACGUCUUUUUGGUAUGACGCGUCCGGGGAUCAAACCCCGGACCUUCCGCUCUCCGGGCGGACGCUCUACCACUAGACCACGGAGGCAGUCCUUUAAUGGGGUGGACAGCAUUGAUAAGUAAUCUGAGUACCCACGGUCCCUAGCUUACAUCAUAUGUGUACAUCUUUGGUUGUUGAUCCUGUUUUUAUGUUGUGUAGUUUAGUAAUAGUUUCCUCUUUUAAAUGUUCUCAAUCUAAUUUUAAAGAUAAAAUGUGACAUAUUGUUAAUUAUUUAACUGUCCAUCGUUGACAGAUUUUAUCAAAUUAUUAACAUGAUUAAUAUAUAACUAUUCCUAGUCAUUUUAACUCGCAAUAAGGAAUGCGAAUGUGUAUGGAUGGUCAUCUUGAUGGUUGCUGUUUUAUAUUUACUCACCCCAUAUCUCAUGUAUUUCAUAUUGGGUAAAGUUGUGUGUACUUGUAAUGUUUUUUUAUUUUUUUUAUUGCCGCACUCAGCAAUAUUCCAGCUAUAUGACGGCAGUCUGUCAAUAAUCGAGUCUGGACCAGACAAUCCAGUGCUUGACAUCAUGAACAUCGA